ACAAGAGGCGAGUCUCGCUGCCGACCACCACAGCUCUGGCUGCCGCGGCGCCCGACGUGUCUGGUUCUUCAUCAGACGGCAAGUUCGGUAAAGUUACUUUGAGGGAAAAGAUUUUUACUUGGCUCGACACCUGCGACCUUCCAUGAUGUUCCGCAGAAACGCUAGUUGCUUCAUCCGCAUUUUUGUGGCGGUGGUCAUGUGUAGUGGCUACACUCGCCCAGUUUCCGUUACAGAAGCCCUAACAGUGGGACGAGUUCAUGAGGCUGAGGAGGCCACAGCCGUGGAUCUGGGCGCCCUGCUGGACGCCGGGGACGGCGCUGUGGUGACUCUGCUGGCCGGGGACAAUACGCAGCUGGUGGCUCACAGGGCUAUCUUGGCCGCCAGGAGCGCCGUGUUUGCGGGCAUGCUCCGUCAUCUCACCUUAGAGGCCAGCAGCAGCCAGCUCGCACUCUCCGACAUAGAGGGCCCUGUGCUGCGCCAGGUGCUGGCACACCUCUACACCCUCCAGCCCCCACAGCUGCCCAGCAUGGCGCCACAGCUGUUGGUCGCCGCUGACCAAUACGGCUUGUCAGUACUGAAGGUGCAGUGCGAGCAACAGGUGGCUGCAUAGCUGUCUGUCGAGACUGCAUCAGCCACAGGUGUUCUCGCGAUUCGGCACUCCGCUAACAUGCUGAAGCAGGCUGCUGUCUCCUUCAUAAAGGCCCACUUGCUCAGUGUGAUGGCGACGCAGGGCUGGGUUGAGGCUGUAGUCAACGACCCACAAACUUUUAUGGAGUUGGUUCACCUGAUUGCAGAGACACCGACAGACACCAGCACGCCAAGCGCUGCAGAGAGCGGGACCGGCCCCUCCUCGCAGCUGCACAGUGGCCACAACGACGACGGCUGGAGCCCAGCCACAGCUGUGCCUCCCACCACUCCCCAGGCCACUCCACAGCCUGAUGACGCUGCCGUCUCUCA